CGGAGAUUUCCACCGGCGCAAGCUCACUUUCCUCCCUCUAUUAGUUACUGCUCACCCGUUUGUUUGCAAGCAGUGUCGUGAGCUGUCACAUGAGGCGCCGAUUUGAUCUACGGUCCAGAAGUCAAUCUGUGUGGUACAAAGUAAAAUGUCCUUGAGUGCUCAGUCGCUACUUGCCGGAGUGAGCCGACUCGUCUCCCUGCACACUCGUCUCUGGAUUCGGCAACGUCCUGCUUGGUUUCACGCCCAUGUCCAGCGACAUUUCUCGACUCAGGUUGAGCGUACAGGGCUAACGUCUGGUGGCUUUGCUGCCCACUUGUUCUUUUACGGGAGCAAGAAGUAUCCUAUUCUGAAUCCUGUCGCCAUAGAAAGGCUCGUGGAUGAGCUGGGUAAACUGGACAGACAGCAUGAAGUCAGAGUCUUGUUUUUACGAAGCACCGUAGUUGGAGCCGACAUCGACCACAUGAAGAGCCUCAUCCACAGCGACGACGCCGUCGCGUUCAUACGUUCUGUAGACAAGCUGUGCUCUACCGUCCAGGACUUCCGCGUCCCCGUCAUCGCUGUCAUCGACGGGCCAUGUAUGGGAGCCGGUAUGGAGUUGGCAGCAAGCUGCGACAUGCGCAUCGCAGUAAGAGACGAGACGACUGUCUUUGCCAUGCCAGAGACCAAAAUCGGGAUCCCCUCCGUCGUCCAAGCCAGCCUGCUCCCCGGACUCAUCGGCUGGGGACGUGCUCGCCAACUGCUGUACUUUGGGGAGACCCUCGACGUGACGCAGGCACUGGACGUUGGCUUCCUCAACGAAGUCACGGUCCGUGCAGAUCUACCAGCAGUGCUGACAAAGUGGGAGACAUGGGUCGAUGAGGCGGAACCGAGGGCCGUCAUGGCGCAGAAGGCCUUGAUGAGGACUUGGGAACGAGAAGGCACCGACCGCGCUGGCAUCGAGGCAAGCAUCCGCGUCUUUGGAGAAGCCUUCAACUCAGGCAUUCCGCAGCAGCGCAUGGCCGACUACGCGAGGAAGCUGAAGGCGGCGAAGAAGCAGAAGCGAUAAUGCAAAAAUAGCCUCUAUCGCCGGCCAUGAAUUAGUCUAAACGUGUGAUCGGUCGAGCCAGGCGCUGAUUGACGCCCUGACGGCCAGCAGAUAUCAGUAUGUACAAAGUGUCAUUAUACAUCAAGAAGUCAUCAAAAAAACGAGGGUCAUCACCUUUGACCCCUGGAUCAUG